CCGUUUGUCUGUGAUUUUUUUGUUUUAACGUUUAUUUUUUAUCGUCUUUUUUUUUUUAGAACUCGCAAAUAUUGGCUUAUGCCAAUAUCGGUUUUGUAUUAAUUUUUAUAAUAACAGUCACGAAGUUAUAUAGUUUAUUCAUUACUAUCAUGUUAUAAAAUCAAAAGGUAUUAUUCAUUUCGGUAUUUUAGUGUCAUGAACAAUUUUUCUACCAAUGGAAUCGAUAAUCGCCGGAAGAAUGUGGAAGAUGAAGAUCCUAUUAAUUGGAUUUAUCUGCACAAUCAGUCUCAAGGGCGCUGGUGGAGCUGAACUGGUCAUUCAGAUUCCUGAUAACCUGCACCAGGACAAUUCUACUUACCGCUUGGACUACUGGCCCCCGCAUGGAAGCCCCGCACCCAACACCACCAUUGCCUCCAGGGACAUCGGUCAUGUGAUACAGUUCUCUCGAGGAUUACCUGGGACUAAGUACGAGUUCUGGCUUUAUUAUUCAAACUCGACCAAUAAAGACUGGCUCACUUGGACUGCCUCCAUUACGACUGCACCUGACCCACCCUCGAAUCUCACUGUAAAUGUUAAAAAUGGGAAGUCUGCUCUUAUUAAUUUUAGUCCACCGACUAAAGGAAGCUUUUCAUCUUUCAAGAUAAAGCUCUUGAGUUUGGCGGAAAACAAACCAACGAGGACAAUAAACUUGACAAGUGCCAACCCCUAUCUUCUUAAAGACUUGACUCCAGGUGGAACCUAUCAAGUCCAGUUAUUUACUGUCUAUGAUUACAAAGAAAGCGUGGCCUACACAUCUAAAAAUUUUACUACAAAACCAAAUACUCCUGGGAAGUUUAUUGUUUGGUUUAGAAAUGAAACUACUCUUCUGGUUCUUUGGCAGCCUUCAAUACCUUCCUCAAUAUAUUCCCAUUAUAAGGUAACUAUUGAACCAGAAGAUGCCUUGGAAAGUUCGUUGUAUGUCGAGAAGGAAGGGGAGCCACCUGGGCCUGCACAGGCUGCGUUUAAAGCGUUAGUGCCAGGUCGAGCUUAUAACAUUUCUGUUCAGACGGUAAGUGAAGAUGAAACAUCAGCACCUACAGUUGCUCAAUACAGGACAAUUCCCCUUAGACCUAUAAAUCUUAAGUAUGAUCCUGCAUCGGUCACAUCGAAUAGUUUUACAGUUUCUUGGGAGCCACCUAAUGGAACCAGUGAGUAUGACAAAUACCAAAUCAACAUUAAUCUUCAUCGCCAGAUGGUUCCUUUAACUAGAAACAGAAGUGAACCUACUCGAUUAACUUUCAGUGAAGGAUUAGAACCUGGUUGGACAUACCAAGUAGCUGUGAAAACUGUUUCAGGAAAAGUAACUUCUUGGCCAGCCACAGUUAAUGUUACACUUAAACCACUGCCAGUAAGGGAGUUGAAAGCAGUACUUAAAGAUACUGGUGACGUAAUGUUAUCAUGGAAACCUGAUAAUUCAAGCUAUCAGGAGCAUUUUGAGAUCAGUUAUACAGAAGUCAGUUAUAGUGGGGUACUCAAUGGUGACACAAAUUCUAUGGAAACUACAAGUACAUCAUUUCUUCUGGAAUCUUUACUUCCUGGUCGUAAUUAUUCAAUUACUGUCAUGGCAGUUUCUAAUGGGAUCAGGUCAAAUCCAGUUAUCACAUAUCAAGCUACAAAACCAUCAGCACCAGUCAUUGAGGAUCUAAAACCAAUAGAGUAUGGGCUGAAUAUAUCCUGGAAGUCAGACGUUAAUUCUAGACAAGAAAAAUAUGAGGUUGUGCAUAAACGAAAUAAUACAGGCUAUGAGCCAGUAGUUACUGCUACUACAGAGCCUCAUUUAUUAUUGACAAACUUAUACCCUGGAGCUGGUUAUCAGAUCAAAGUGUUCGCUAUCAGCCAUGGGCUCCACAGUGAGCCCCAUGAUUAUUUUCAGGCAGUUUAUCCAAAACCCCCUAAAAACCUGACAAUGGAGAAUGUUACCAGUAAUUCUGUUGUGGUCAGAUGGGUGGAACCUGAGGAUUCACUGUUCUCAGAAUUUUCGAUAAGAUAUAGAACAGAAGACGAACCACGUUGGUACAAACUGGCAUCAGUGAAGGGAACUACUGAAGCUGAGGUUGGUGACCUGACUCCAGGCGAGAGGUACACCAUACAAGUGAAUAGUGUCAGCUUCGGAGUUGAAUCAGCUCGCCCGCUUGCUCUAAAUCAUACUGUCCGACCAAAUCCAUGCACCAACAUUGCACCAUUGGUGGAUUCUACCAAUGUUACAUUGGAGUUCCCCAGACCAGAAGGCAGGAUUGAAUAUUACGUUAUUAACUGGGAAGCACUUGAUGGAAAUGAAAGAAUGGAGCCAAAGUCACGUAAUAUGAGUGGUAAUGGUGCCAAAGGAGGAAGGGUGAGGGCUUUAGUGGAAGAUUUGAUGCCUGGAGUCAAGUAUCGUUUUGAUAUCCAUACUGUUUCUUAUACUCUUCAUAGUGAUGUAACAACUCUUACUGCCAGGACAAUGCCCUUGAUUCUUUCUGAGCUGGUAGUAGUGAGUAAUUUACAAGAAACGAACACUAUGACAAUCAGAUACACCCCUACUCCUCUCGCUUCAUCACAUUUUGACAAAUAUAGGUUUACACUUUCGGAGCCUGGGCUGAUUCGAGAGAAGGAUGCCAACGAUACUGAGUGGAAGAUAACUUUCACGAACCUCACUCCUGGAAAAUUGUACAAUAUUACAGUUUGGACCGUAGCUGAUAAAGUUUUAUCACAGCCUCUCCACAGACAAGAUAGGCUAUAUCCAGAGCCAAUAACGCGAAUAAAUGCCACCCAGAUUACUGAUUCAGCUAUUACUCUAGUUUGGGAUAAACCAAAAGGAGAAUAUAAUGCUUUUGAGGUUCAGUAUUUGAACACAGAUGGCAUUUUAAUUCAAAAUUUAACACAAGAAGAAACCAUUACAAUCAAUGAUUUAAAACCCCAUCGCAAUUAUACUUUCACCGUCAUAGUAAGGUCAGGUAUGGAAGAAACAGUAUUGAGGAGAAGUUUACCAGUUUCAGCUGUCUUCCAGACACAAGAAAGUGUUCCAGGAAAGGUUAAUGAUUUUCUACCGAUUGACAUUAAACCAAGAGAAAUCAGUUUCAAGUGGUCACUUCCAGGAAACGAGCAAAAUGGUGUAAUAACUAAGUUCACAAUAACUUAUGGACUUGAGGGUUCUAACACAUUCAAAACUCAAGAUUUUAGUGCUUAUGAGUUUAAUGGUUCCAUAAAGAAUCUUCUUCCUGGAAAGGCAUAUGUAUUCAGGAUACAGGCAGAAACCAGGGUUGGUUAUGGUCCCGAAUCCAUCUGGAAGGAAAAAUUGCCAAUAUUGGCUCCUCCUAAACCUAGCAGUCAAGUGGUACCAACUGAAGUUUGUAGGACAUCCAGUACAAUACAGAUAAGGUUCAGGAAGAAUUAUUUCUCUGAGGAUAAUGGCCCAAUAACUGCUUAUACAAUAAUAGUGGCUGAAGACGAUACUAAGAAUGCCUCAGGAAUCGAAAUGCCUAGCUGGAGAGAUGUACAGGCUUAUGGUGUAUGGCCUCCAUAUCAGGUCCUUGAACCAUAUUAUCCAUUCAAAAAUUCAACUGUCGAAGACUAUACAAUAGGCUCAGAAGAUUGUGAGAAGAAAUUAGUUGGAUAUUGCAAUGGCCCACUCAAAGGUGGAACUACUUACAAAGUCAAAAUACGAGCUUUCACUACUCCAGACAAGUUUACUGACACUUCUUAUUCUUUCUCAAUUCAAACAGAUCAAGAUACAACACCUUUGAUCCUUGGAGUAACGAUAUCAUCAGCCAUAAUAUUAGUCCUUUUUAUUGGUAUACUUCUCUUGAGAAGGCAUAAGCUAUUAGGAAGAAGAUUAGCUGAUAAUAGGGCUGCUGAUAAUUUGAGCCUACCAGACAGUAUAAUAGAAACAAGUCGACCAAUCAGAUUAGAAAACUUCGCUGACCAUUAUAGAAUAAUGUCAGCAGAUUCAGACUUCAGGUUCUCUGAGGAAUUUGAAGAACUUAAACUCGUCGGAAGGGAACAGCCUUGUACAUUUGCAGAUCUUCCUUGUAACAGACCUAAGAACAGAUUCACAAAUAUUUUACCUUAUGAUCAUUCCCGUUUCAAAUUGCAACCUGUAGAUGAUGAAGAAGGUUCGGAUUACAUCAACGCUAACUACGUUCCUGGUUACAACUCUCCAAGGGAAUUCAUUGUUACCCAAGGACCUCUUCACUCGACAAAAGAAGACUUUUGGCGAAUGUGCUGGGAAAGUAAUUCCAGGGCUAUUGUUAUGCUGACUAGGUGUAUUGAGAAAGGUCGAGAAAAAUGUGACCAUUAUUGGCCUUAUGAUACAAUGCCUGUCUAUUAUGGAGACAUAAAUGUAACAAUACUCAAUGACAGUCAUUAUCCUGAUUGGUCUGUUACUGAAUUCAUAAUGUCUAGGGGAGAUAUACAAAGGGUCAUUCGUCAUUUCCAUUUCACAACAUGGCCUGAUUUUGGUGUCCCCAAUCCUCCGACAACUCUCAUAAGAUUUGUUAGAGCUUUCAGGGAAAGGAUUUCACCCGAGCAGAGGCCAAUUGUUGUUCACUGCAGUGCUGGAGUAGGAAGAUCAGGGACAUUCAUAGCUCUUGAUAGGAUCCUCCAAUCUUUGAACCAUGGUGCAGAUCAUGUUGACAUCUUUGGCAUUGUAUGCCAAAUGAGGAAGGAAAGAGUGUGGAUGGUACAGACAGAACAGCAGUAUAUCUGUAUCCAUCAAUGUCUUCUUGCGGUUCUCCAAGGCGAGGACAACAGUUCUCCUCCAAGGGAGAUACAUCAUAAUCAGGGAUUUGAAGGUAAGAAAAAAGACAAUGACAGUGGAGUGAGCUCUCCAGACUUGCACAAUGGAGAAAAACACCGGUGAUGGGAUGAUGAAGGGAUAGCGGAAUCAGGAAUGUGAUCUACCUAAAAAUGAAAUCUUAUUUAAAAGUCUGAGGAACUCUAAGAAUUCUCAAAAGCUACAUUUGUGAUUGGAGAAUAUGAAACUCAGGAAUUAAAGAUAAAUAAGCGAAACAUUUUCAACUUACUGAUCCAUUUUUAGUAUUUUGUAAAGUACUUUGUUUAAUUUUCUUUAAUUCCUUCGACAUGUUCAUUGUUGUAACUAUGCUAAUUUUGUUGUUGUAUUUAAUAUUAUACAUAUAUGUAACUUUACGAGACCUAUUAAAUGAUUUUUUUUUUGUCAUGUGACCUGUGCAUGUUACAUAAAUAAGGUAAAUGAAUUUCUUUCAAAGCACAGAAUAGACACAUCUAUUUCAUUAGAUGUUUCGUGUUUUUUUAUUGUUCUAUUAAUUAAAAUUAAUAGUAUUGCAUGUAUUAAGGAGUAUUUUUUUAAAAUUAUGUGAGUAAUAUAAGUUGUAUUAAUUUGAAUUAGGUAAUUUUAAGUAAUAUUUAGUAUUCAAAGCUAAUCCGUCCUUUAUCAUAUUAGUAUCUUAUUUAACGAUUUUUUCAUACUUUUUUUAUUCAUUAAUAAAAUCAUUUGUUAAAAUUUCUUUUAAUAUCUUGAAAAUAUUUUAAUUAGUGGUCAGAUAAAUUUUUACAUUAUUCAAUUUUUUU